AUGGUCAUUCUGGUUGCAGGGGUGUGCAGCUGGGUGAGCGCAGCGCAGUGGGCCUGCUUGGAUGCUGGUGUUUAUCGUGCAGCGAUGGCGGCCCAUCACUCACCACCUCACAAAGUCACGAGUGGCAGCAGUGGCAGUGGUCGGGCGCUGCUCGGUGCUGCUCAGAAGCCGUGGUUCGCAUGUGGCGCUGUUGUGAAGGAUGUGAAGAAAUUCUGUCGCAUUUGCCAGUGCUUUGUGGGGAAGUUUGUGCAUGCACUAGUGCAGUCAAGGACUGGUGCAAAAGUCGCCACAUUUGGAUACAGUAUCUCGAAGUACGCUGAUAGCAUUGGCAUUCAGACCGAUGAAAUUGGCGAAGUGAGCGCUUACCUCAAGAUGAACUUCCCCAGUUAUCCAGUACUACCGGAGCAGCUCAAUGUGGACUUUUUGCUGCAUACAGUGGACGGCUACGAUCUACCACUUGAAUCAUGGCGUGUCAGUGUGCUGUACAACAGUGCGCCUGACGACAACGAGUUCGAGACGCUUCCUUGCAUGGAUUUGGGCAUGCUUCUGAAAUCAGCGCUAUCCGCGGCACGCGUCACUCCUGCCUUUCGUUAUUAUGUGCGAAGUCAGUCGGAUAGCACCUACGUCGUUACUUAUCGGGUUUAUGAAGGAGCUGCUAAUAUCGAUCUUGGUGAGGGCCAAAAAUCAUUUGCGCUUGGUAAGGCUAUUGCAAAGCAUGGUUCCGUUUCGGUACAUUUGCAUUACCGUACGAAAAUGGCCUACGAACAGUCGAUGUUGUCGCCAAAGGGAAUCGAUCUGUCAUCAUGUCUCAGACCAGAAACGCGUCUGGAGAACUCAUUAAAAUUGAAAUCACAUUCGAUAUCUUCAGAAUACAGUUCACAUGAAAAGGCUUCAUCAGAUUCGUUCUUUACAAUUAUAGAGGCACAACAAACGGCACGGAGCACUGCUUCUGUUUCAUGUGUUAAACCUUGUGAUAAGUAUACGAUUAAAGAGCUUGUAAGUACCUGUCCGUUCGUUGUGUUGUGCAAGAGACGUGGCCUAUCGAAUUCGCAAAGUGUUGAUAACGCCAAUUGCGAUAGCAUUGCUCCUUCGGAACAAUCAUCGUCAAAAGCAGCAGCGUCUGAUGUACUACCGUUACAUAAUCACAGUCUAACGCAGUGGAAGCCUUCUCGAAGUUUGUUUAUUUUGUUUACUACCUCACAAAUCACAUGA